AUGCCCACCUCAUCACUACCACCCAUGCAACAACUCCUGACCGGCUCCUGCGCCUGCGCCCACAUCCAAUAUACCUCCUCCACGCCCCCAAGCAUCCUAAACAACUGCCACUGCACGACCUGCCGAAAACAAUCCGGCGCGGCGUACCAAACCUGGGCAAUCUUUCCCUCCACGAGCAUCGUCUUCACGCACGGCGAACCAGACCUCCUGUCCCGCCGAUCCAGCACGUUCGCGACAAGAAGCGUGUGUUCGCGCUGCGGCGCGACGGUGUCCAUGCGGUAUGAUUUCAGCCCCGAGAUGGUGGGGAUUGCGGCGGGGACGAUUGAUCAGGCUGCUGAUUCUGGGAUUGUGCCGAGACCCGCGCGGCAUAUUUAUUUGAGGGAGAAGGCGGGGUGGUUUGAGGUGCCGGAUGAUGGGGCGGAGAGGUGGGAGGGGCAUUUUGAUGGCGUGAGGGAGAUUAUUGAGGGGAUUGUUGGGGGGAAAGAUGGUUCUGGUUCUACGAGGUCUAAGUGA